UAAAGCCCAUAAACCCUCAGCCCAUACAAUUGUGCCUUCUUUUCUUUCCCGCCGGCGCCGCUGGCUCCUUCUUCUCUUUCUUUAUUUUUUUCCAUCUUUUACGGUGCUUUUCUCCCUAUCGGCCAUCACGACUUCUUCUUCAAAAGCCAAUAGCAGUGUCGGGAGGAUUAGACGCAUAUCCACGGGUGUGGCCGCCGUUCUGAAUAUAGCCUUGUAGCUGACACUCCUUGCGCUUGUGUUUUGCCCUUGCAAUUUAUCAUCUCCUCUACCCCUUGAGGAUGAAGAUAAAAGAAGCUAAUGCCGGCGCACUUACCAAUUUCGAAGUACUCGAUUUUCUACGAUCUCGAGGGGCAUCGAAGGAUCCGACAAGAGUUAUUGUUCCAAUAGCACCAUCUGAGUUCAAGGUUUAUGAUUACUUGGUAGAGAGUGCCGCUUGCAAUCAAACGAAAGAACAUGUCAAGGAGUUCUUGGAAAGGUGUAAAAGUUAUAAACUUGCAAAAGCUGAGGUGCUCAACAUCAUCAACCUCAGACCAUCUGCAUUAGUUGAAAUUGACCCGAUAAUAGAGGAAUCUGAGAAACGAUUUGGGGAACAACUAGAAGAGCUUGUUAAUUUGGUGGUAGAGGUGUUGCCAGAGCCUCCUACACAAAAACUUCCUGAACCAGAAAGCAAUGAGGUUAAAGAAGACACCGUGGAUGGAAAAAACAUGGAUGAGAAUAAAAUGGAAACUGAAACAGGUGAACAGAUCGACAAGGAUCAAACAGAGCCAAAUGAAGAUGGUGAGCAAAUUGUGGUUAGUUAAUGCCCCUCCAUGCCUGAUAAUUCCCAUGACAAUGGUGCUCCUGGUUUUGCAUAUAUAUUAUGAACUGAAGUUCAUGCAUUAGGAACCUCUAUAACCAGUGGAAUUAUCCUAGUUCUUUUUUUCUUGAAGCAGAUGAUAUGUAAAGUUGAAACUCUAUUUUGCUAUAUCAUGCCCUUUAGCUAUAA